GAGCCACUUAGCGCGCAGAGAGAGACAGCCUGGUGUUUGAGCUUUCAGACCAAUUAAAGAAAACACGGAAUACUUGAAGUUGGCCGUCUCGAGGAUUUGCCAGUCGGAGUAUUCUAUUGCUUAAGAUCGCACUAUCCUAGCGAAUACUAAAGUGGAAUUUUUCAAUCAAUGAAAAAGGCAGAAAGUGGCGGCAAAUCAGACCAGAAAUAGCCCGAGCUCGAGUGCUUUUCAAGAUAAGGGACCCAAGCCAUUUGACACAGAAUCGACACUGUCUAUUCAUAUAUAUAUAUAUAUUUUUAGAAAACGUCAAUUUCAGUGGAUUCCUGACUUUUCCUAGAUGACUUUUAUGAGUGGGAUCUCAACUGCCUGUGGCGGAGAGUAGCUAACAAAGAGGGACCUGGGAUUGUUUCUCUGUCACAGGAAGCAGACACACAAUGCUACUGGACGCUCAGUGGCCAUUUCAGACCCUCGUGGUUCUGACGAUAUGGGCCCUGGGAUCUCAGUGUGACACUCUCUCCACUCCACGCGUCUUCCUCUCCUUCAAAGAGCUAAGGUCCACUGGCACAGCCCAUCAUUUCUCCUUCCUGCUCAACUCCACUGACUAUCGCAUCCUGCGCAUGGAUGAGGACCACGACCGCAUGUACGUGGGCAGCAAGGACUACAUCCUCUCCCUGGAUCUGCACGACAUCAACAAGGAGCCACUGAUUAUCCACUGGCCGGUUCCCCCGCAACGGAAAACCGAGUGCAUCUUAUCUGGGAAAGAUACCAAUGGGGAAUGUGGAAACUUCAUCCGCUUGAUCGAACCAUGGAACCGGACUCACCUGUAUGUCUGCGGCACUGGAGCCUACAAUCCCGUGUGCACCUACGUCAAUCGAGGACGCAAGCCUCAGGCCCCGUUGCACCUGCAGACGGCACCGUCCGGAGGGAGGGCCAGCAGAGCCGCGGACCUUGGCGACACGGCCGAUCCAAUGGGAGCGCAGGAAUACAUAUUCCACCUGGAGCCAGGCAGAGUGGAUUCUGGGAAAGGGAAGUGCUCCUAUGACCCCAAACUGAACAGCGUCUCUGCUUUGAUCAAUGGUGAGCUGUAUGCUGGGGUCUACAUUGACUUCAUGGGAACAGAUUCUGCGAUUUUCCGGACUCUAGGGAAGCAGACGGCAAUGAGGACAGACCAGUAUAACUCCAGAUGGUUAAAUGACCCCUCAUUUGUCCACGUGCACCUCAUUCCUGAUAGUGCUGAGAGGAACGAUGACAAGCUCUACUUCUUCUUCCGGGAGAAGUCUUCAGAGAUGGGCCAGAGCCCCAUAGCCCAGUCUCGUAUCGGCCGGAUCUGCCUGAAUGACGACGGUGGUCACUGCUGUCUGGUGAACAAGUGGAGCACCUUCCUGAAGGCCCGGCUCAUCUGCUCCGUCCCGGGGGCUGACGGGAUCGAGACACACUUCGACGAACUCCGGGACGUGUACAUUCAGCAGACUCAGGACACAAAGAAUCCCGUCAUCUAUGGGGUCUUCUCUGUGUCAGGGUCUGUGUUCAAGGGUUCUGCGGUGUGUGUCUACUCCAUGGCUGACAUCCGUAUGGUGUUCAACGGGCCGUUCGCUCAUAAAGAGGGACCCAACUACCAGUGGGUGGCCUACACAGGGAAGAUCCCAUACCCUCGACCCGGAACGUGCCCAGGAGGGACCUUCACCCCAAACAUGAAAUCCACCAAGGACUACCCUGACGAGGUCAUCAACUUCAUGCGCAACCACCCAGCCAUGUACAAUGCUGUGUACCCAGUGCACAAGCGCCCCCUAGUGGUGAGGACCAAUGUGGACUAUGAGUUCACCACCAUUACCGUUGACCAGGUUACAGCAGCAGAUGGAAACUACGAGGUGCUGUUCCUGGGGACCGAUCGAGGGACUGUUCAAAAGGUGAUCGUCCUGCCCAGAGAUGACCUGCAGACUGAGGAGCUGGUGCUUGAGGAGGUUGAGGUGUUCAAGGUUCCGACUCCAAUUACAACAAUGAAAAUUUCUUCCAAAAGGCAACAGCUGUACGUGGGCUCGGCGGUGGGCGUGACCCACCUGGCCCUGCACCGCUGCGAUGUGUACGGCGAGGCCUGUGCAGACUGCUGCCUGGCCCGCGACCCCUACUGCGCCUGGGACGGCAAGUCCUGCUCUCGCUACUCUGCUUCUCAGAAGAGGCGUAGCCGGAGACAGGAUGUGAAGUACGGCAACCCAAUUCGGCAGUGCAGGGGCUACAAUUCUAACGCCAAUAAGAACACGCUGGAGAUGGUGCAGUAUGGCGUGGAGGGCAGCAGUACCUUCCUGGAGUGCCAGGCCAGGUCUCCUCAUGCUGCUAUCAAGUGGCACCUGCAGAAGGACAACAGUGACAGAAAGAAAGAGAUGCGGUCGGACGGGCGUGUGCUGAGGACAGAGCAGGGUCUGCUGCUUCGCUCCCUGCAGUCCUCUGACUCGGGCCUGUACCAGUGCACGGCCACGGAGAAGAACUUCAAGCACACGCUGGUCAAGCUUCAGCUGGUCGUCCUCUCCAGCCGGGCCGUCAACAGCAUCCUGAUGGAGACGGGCGGGCCGGUGGCGGCGCCGCUCCAGUCCAGCCCGUGGACGCCCAGCGCGGGCCAGUACAAGGACCUUUUGAACAUUCUGAGCCAGCCUGAAAUGGGCCUCAUCAACCAGUACUGCCAGGACUACUGGCAUUACAGCAACGGCAGCCCUAAAGACCCCGCACUGGGGGCUGUGAAAGGGAAGGACCUCAAGGAGCUCAAGGAGCAGAAGAAACCACGAAACCGCAGGAAUCACAAUGAGGAAACUGGGACACAGGAGACAUGAGAGGACCCCACCACCCCUAAUGACCCCCACCCACAUACACAUAAAAUGAGAAAGACUCAAAUCAGAGAAAUAAAGAAAAUGGAAAGAACAAAUCUUCAGAACUACAAGCAAGAGACACAAAAGUGAAAAGCAACAACCACGUUCCUUUUAACAAUAAGAAAAUAAGAUACACAGUAUUUAUUGUAGGUUGUACAUAGUAUCAUUCUGUGGAUUUCUUUGUACUUAAAUAGAAAAAAGGCUCUUUGUGUAUAGGUACCUUCUGGGCAAAUAUUAUUGUUUAUUAUUAUUGUUAUUGUUAUUAUUAAUUUUAUUGUUGUUUUUUUGAACAAAAAUGUUUUCCAUCUUUUAAAGUAUCUUUUGACAUCAUUUCUGUUACAUUGUAAGAGUAUACUGAAGCGUACAGCGUUUGAAAUGAACUAAAAGGGUUAUUAUAAACAGGGAACAGGGACUGGGUGAGGGGAGGGGAGGGGAAGGGAGUAUGUCUGAGAGGAUCUUAUGGUUUUGACUGGAACCAUGGCUGUGUUCCAAAAUUCAUACUUGCAUACUACCUAGAGUGCAUAGAAUUUAUUUUGUAGCUGACCAAUCAAGUUUGUAGCUGACCAACCAAUACUGUUCCAAAACUCAAGUACACAAGACUUGGUGCAUAUUCAUAGAAAUUCCUGAAGCACCAUGCAUUGAAGCAUAAUUUAUUCUUUAUUUUUGUUUCCAGAAUUCCUUGCUGUUUAAGUAAUGCAGUUUAUUCAAAUUCAGAAAAUUCUAAGAAAGCUGUGAUUUUUACGCAAUUGCUAUUGAAGUGUGUUUCCUAAACAUACUCAGUUUGAAAUGCUAUGAGGUAUUGCUAACUUCUUUUGAAAUAUGUUGGUUCAUGUAUUCAGUAUACAUAUACAUACUGUACGUCAAGUUCAAAGUUAUUCUGUGAACGUGUAUUCUAAAUUGAGCCAGUUUGUUUCCAAAAUACACAUUCGCAUAUUUUAUGGAUCACACUUUCCAGUAUGUUAGGUAGCCCAUACUGCAGGUAUACAGCAUGCAGGUAUUUAUUUGGAACACAGCUCAUGUUUCUGAGUAUGAUAUGCUUCCCAUAAUUCCCUUGGAGCAGUGACUUGUGACAACCAGGUAUGCAGGGUCUCUAAACCAAAUGGGUUACCAACAGUGGCCUCGCAUGUGACAUCAGUCCACACACAUCACCAUGUGUGUCUGUGUUAUUAUAUACCAGUAUCUCACACACAAUACCAAACAAUAUUUCUAAGUGCUUCGCCAGUUUUGAGUUGUUUGCAUCAUAAUUAACGUGUUCACCUGUGUCAGCACUGUUUUGUUGGUUUUCUUGGUCUUGACUGUUUCUUUAUUUAGUUUCUCAAGGCUUCUGAGCACAAUCUCUUCCAACCUGAAUUGCGAUGAACAUGUUGCCACUGUGUAUAUAUUCUACUUCUUAAUAUUGUACAUGUGAGACCACAAAGGUUUUGAGUAGUGCAUUGUUUCCUAGGCAACAAUUGUUUGCAGAUGUUGGGGAUUUAAAAAUAGUGUUUAUGUAAAUCAUAAUUACUUGUAAAACUCCAAAAUAUCAAUGCAUAGCUCAUUAAUCAAGUUGUCACAAUAGGAUCCCAUUGCAUAGUUUCACUUGAUACUAUUUUAAUGAGAGAUGUCAUCGAUGAUGAUUGUGUAAUAGAGAAAAAUUCCUUCUUCCAGCUUCUACAUAGAGUUCUGUCAGACAAAAGGAAUAAGGUUUAUGAGGAUCUGAAUUGGUGGUUCAUAUUGCCUCCGAGUACAAUAGUGGUUACAUUUUCAAUAUAUGCACAGUGUGAGGAAAUUUAGGUUGAAGAAAUCUUCACAUUUAUACUUCUGUAGCAAUGCAAUUUAAUAACAUCUCAUCCUGGAGGUACACAGCAACAUAACAACGUCAGUGUUUUUGAGGGGUAGCAGAAGUUUGGAGUUCACAUGGUAUUACUUUGCCAUAAAGUAAAAUCAGAUGUGUUUUUUUAAAGCAGGUAAAAUAUAUACGUAUAGUUUUAAUGCAUGUAAAAAUAAUUUACAUAUAUGCCGACAGUUUGCAAAGAUACAGAUGCUUUGAGCUGGAGGGAAGAUUUUGGCCUUCAGCACAGAGAAGCUCUGCAAUAAUUUCUAACAUCUUCCUAACCAAUGAAUUUUUUUUUCUCUCGACAGAAUAGGAAAUUCCCAUACCUCCAUUGUGAACACUAGCUCAGCCUGGGAAAGAAAAACAAAAAACGUGUAAAUACACAAUGGAAAAUUACAGCAGUGUGUUACACAUGCCAACAUAUGAGGAAGCUUAUUUUUCAUUGUGUGCAUGAAAUGUUUAUGUACUGUAUAUAAAUAUGAAACUGAAAAGGCUAUGUUGCUGUUUUUAUUUUCCUCAGAUAACAGGAAAUGGUGAACUUUCUGUGUGUGAAUAAUAACACUAUGCCUAAGGGGCAGACUCGAGGUGCUUAAGGAAUGUGCUUUAGUGGAAGAUGAUGUACGUUGAAAUAUUGACACUUUUUUAUACUCUUUUAUUCAGUGUGGGACAUCAUUAGUUCCUGUCUUACCAAACUGCCCCUGUCUUCCUCCAGUUCAUACAGGGAGCUACAACAGACGGUUGUACAAUUUGUUGCUAUUUUUAAGGCGCGUGUUUUUUAUUUUAUUUUUUUUUAUUUUAAUGGUUUAUUUAGGAGGACUGUUAAUUGCAGAAAAAGACUAAAUGCACAGGUGACGUUAUUGUAAUGACUUUCUCUCUUUCAUUGUUGAUGUUGCUGACUAAUAAAUUAAAGCUCUAUA